GUAUACGCGUCUUUACUAGUGCGGGUAUUUUCAAUAGCGGAAAUCUAAACAGAGCUGUCGGUCAGAGUUGGGACAGCGUUUCACUGUCAAAUCAGUGGAAAAUCGAGAUACGUUUUCUUGCUUUUAUUGCUAAAGUGGCUUCAGGUAGUGUUAUCCACAUUUUCCGAAUUCUGGUUUGGGUUUCUACUUACUUGAACCACUUAUAGCAGGCUAUUUUCUUGAAAUGGCAGAAAACAUUGAACAAAACGAAGCUAAACACGACAACACUUCUUCCCCUGGCAUGUCAGACCAGGAAAAAGAGAUGGCAGCAAGCGCACUGGAAGCCUUCACGGCUGGAAACUACGAUGUGUCUUUGAAACACCUUCAGCACCUGCAGGAAUUAAAUAAAGAGGACUACAAGAUCGCUUUGAACAGAGCAAUAGCAGAGUUCUACAAGAGUGGCCAGACCACCACAAGCACCUUGAAUCAGACGCUCCUUGCAAUGAAAAACCAGGUACACACCUCAGUUGAGGACAUUGACGGUUUGGAUGAUGUCGAGAACAGCCUGCUGUACUACAACCAAGCCAUUAUUCACUACCAUAUGAGACAGUACUCUGAAGCCAUCCUCAUUGGAGAGAAGCUCUAUCAGUUUCUUGAGCCUUUUGAAGAGAAGUUUGCGCUGGCGGUCUGCUUCUUGCUGGUGGACCUGUACCUCCUAACGUUCCAGUCUGAGAAGGCUCUGCAUCUGCUGGCUGUCCUGGAGAAGCUGACCGUGCAGGGGAACAACAAGAACGGGAAAGGAGAGAGUACCAACAACACAAACAAAGAUGGCGUCAACCAGAAGGCCGAGUUUGUAGCCAUGAUCGAAGCUGCUAAAUCCAAAAUGCACCAGUACAAGGUACGAGCCUACAUCCAGAUGAAGUCCUCCAAGGCCUGUAAAAGGGAGAUCAAGUCAGUGAUGAACACAGCCGGGAAUUCCGCUCCCUCACUCUUCCUCAAGAGCAACUUCGAGUACCUGCGAGGAAACUACCGGAAAGCCGUCAAGCUGCUCAACAGCUCGAACAUCGCGGAGCACCCGGGGGCCAUCAAGACUGGUGAGUGCGUGCGCUGCAUGUUCUGGAACAAUCUAGGCUGCAUCCAUUUUGCCAUGGGCAAACACAACCUGGGCAUCUUCUACUUCAAGAAGGCUCUCCAGGAGAAUGACCACACCUGUGCUCAGCUAGGAGACGGGAGCAACGGCCAAUCCAAGAAGUUUGCAGGCAUCCCCAUGUGUGCGCUGCUGGCUAACAAGCGCUACGAGCUGCUGUACAACUGUGGCAUCCAGCUGCUGCACAUCGGACGGCCCCUGGCUGCCUUCGAGUGUCUCGUGGAGGCCGUGCAGGUCUAUCACUCCAACCCCCGCCUCUGGCUACGGCUAGCCGAGUGCUGCAUCGCCGCCAACAAGGGGAGUUCGGAGCAGGAGAGCAAGGGGCUCCCCAGUAAAAAGGGCAUAGUCCAGUCCAUCGUGGGCCAGGGCUACCAUCGUAAAAUCGUCCUGGCCUCCCAGUCCACCCAGAACACUAUCUACAGCGAGGGCCAGUCGGCGGCCAUCCCAGUGGCCAGUAUGGAGUUUGCAGCCAUCUGUCUGAGGAACGGCCUGCUGCUCCUCCCAGAGCCCCCCCAGCAGGACGGCAAGCCCGACAGCAGCUCCAAGAGCUCCAGCCAAUCAGGCAGCACAGAGAGCGGCAGCGAGAACAGCGACGCCUGCAGUGGGAAGGGGCAAGAAGGUGACAAGUUCCUGUCGGCAGCUCCGUCCUCUCCCUUGAGGAAACAGGAAGUGGAGAACCUCAGGUGCUCCAUCCUGGCGUGCAGUGCCUAUGUGGCGUUGGCGCUGGGAGACAACCUCAUGGCCCUCAACCAUGCUGAGAAGCUGCUGCACCAGACCAAGCUGUCUGGUUCCCUCAAGUUCCUAGGUCAUCUGUACGCUGCCGAGGCUCUGAUCUCCAUGGACAGGAUCUCAGACGCCAUCACCCACCUAAACCCCGACAACGUGACUGACGUGUCCCUGGGCGUGUCGCCCAGCGAACAGGACCUAGGUUCAGACAAAGGGGAUCUUGAUCCUGUCGAGUCCUCAGGGAAGCAGACCCCCCAGUGUUACCCCAGCACGGUGAGCUCUGCCCGGGCCAUGAUGCUCUUCAACCUGGGCAGUGCCUACUGUCUGAGGAGCGAGUACGAGAAGGCCCGCAAGUGCCUGCAUCAGGCGGCCUCCAUGGUCAACACUAAGGAGAUUCCUCCUGAGGCGAUACUGCUGGGGGUCUACCUGGAGCUACAGAACGGGAACACACAACUGGCUCUACAAAUCAUCAAACGCAACCAGCUCUUACCCCCGUCACUAGCCACGCCCCCCCCUGACACACGGAAGAAGCCGGCGCCGCCCUACCAGCCCUCCACGCCCCUCCAGCCCAUCCAGAUGCCCUCCUCCUUCACACAAAUCCAGCGCAAAUGAGAGCCCCCCCCGUCCCCCGUCCCCUCCCCCCUCAUGCAUGUUGUCACCCCUCCCCACACAGACCCCUUCAUAUAACACCCUUUUAUCAUUUCUCAAAGCUGCUUCUCCCAGCAUGUCAAGAGCCCAGGGCCUCUGGACUGCUCCUGAGAACCACAGAGAUGGAAGGGGAGGAGCUCCCUGUGCCGCCUGUCUGUCUCUCUGUCUGUCUGUCUGUCUGUCUGUCUGUCUGUCUGUCUUGUAUGUCUGUCGGAGGAGCAGAUUAAUGGCCCCAUCCAUUCUGUUCUGUGAGAGGAUUCUGACAUCUGCAAUUAUCUAAAAACUGACUGCUUUGAGGCAGAAUAUGAAAAAAUAAAAUUUAUUUA